AAGCUGAUGAAUUUCUGGCUCAUGGCGCAGAGAUGCACAUGUAUUAUGACAUAAUCUGUGUACCUAGUAAGCAACUUAUUAGAGCCAGUGUCAGAAGUUCUUGAACAAUAUCUCCGAGAUGGCCGCGUCAACAAAAACGAAAACUACAGCGGAAGACUUCCUCGAAGUUCAAAAUCAUCUGAACGAAAUGAUGCUUUGCAUGGACGGGAUGACAACACUCAAGACUCGUGAGGAGACUGACUCCGCGGCCGCACGCUUCGCGCAACUAUUCACUGAAGACGGCGAGAUUGAAAUCGUAAAGAUGCAAGCGACGAAAAGGGGUACGGAGGAAAUUCAGGGCUUCUGUAGGUUUCUGCAGGAAAAGUUUGCAGGCUCACAACACUGGGAAGGAAAUAUAGUUCUUAAGGAUUGCAGCUCCACUACUUCAUCUGGUGGCGGGAAAGGGGAAGAUGGUGCAGCUGUUGGGAAUGAUUAUACAACUACAGCCACUAUGAUAUCGAAUAUUAGUUACUGGCGCGCUAUGAAUGCCAGCACCGGGGCGCACGUUUCGUGUGGAACGCACGAAGAUAUUUUCGUCUUGGUGGAUUCAACAGGAGACUUCGGCCAAAGGUGGAAGUGUCAGAAGCGAAUUAUACGCCAUUCGACCUGAAGAAAUUCAAUAAAAAAUGUGCUCUCCUUUGCUUCAAAUAUCUGAAAAGAGUUUCAAAUG